AUGUCUGAGAGUGAAGAGGCCAGUGAGUAUGUUUGUUCUGAAGAGGAGAGUUCCCAGACAGAUAGUUUUGUAGAAGGGCUUAUAGAAGCUAGGAUGGGAGUGCAUGAGGGUGAGAUGGCUGGGCCAUCAGUAGAGUCUGGGUCAGAGGCAUAUAGGAAGAUGCAGAAGAAGUAUAAAGUGUUAGAAGCCAGUGUUGAUCGGGUUCUAGCCUUGGCACAUACACCGGAGGUGGGCUCGAGCAAUCAGACAUCACCAUCAGAGUCUGUGGGUAUAGCCAUGGUUUCAGCUUCAGAGGGGGUGGACAUCCGGGUUGGUGUUCCGUUGGGAAAUCGAAAUACACUCACAGAAGCCAAGUUGGUUGAGCUUCGGACAGAUUAUAGUGUGCCAUCCUAUGUGGGCCUGAGGUUACCUAGUGCUGCGGAUGUAGUGAGAUAUCCUCCGGAGGGUUCAGUGAUGAUAUUCACCGAUAUGUACCAGCAUGGUCUCAGACUACCGUUUCAUCCUUGGGUACAGAUGAUGCUGGCCAAGUUGGGGUAUGCGCCGGGGCAAUACAAUCCCAACUUUUGGCUACUUCUUCAUGGAGUUUACAUUGCUUGGUGGUUGGUUGGGUUGGGGGAGCCAACAUUUGAGCAGUUUAUGUACUUGUAUUCGAUCUCCAAGCAACAGGGGACCUUUGGCUGGGUACAAGCCAAUUGCCGGAAGGCAAAGGAGAGAGGUUACUUUAUUGGGCAUAAGCCGAGUACGCAGAAGUCUUGGCGGAACAGGUGGUGCUUGGCCUAUGGUGAUUGGGAGUGUCCUCCAGGGAAGACCGUCUCCAGACAUAUUCCAACCCACUUCCAGUCGAUAGGUUCGGUGAAGUGGGGACCGAUCUCCAAGGAGCGAGAAGACGAGGUUGAGAGAGUGAGGUCACUGUUGUCGGAGACCCAGCGUGAGCGUAGAAACUUAGUCACCCAGAAGAACCUGUACGAGUCCGGACUCUUGCAAGGGAUGGCAGGGAUCAUAAGGGGGAGCACGAAGGUGGCCAUGGAUCUGGAUGAUCCCGAGAUGCAGAAACGGCUGAGGGAGUCUCGGGCCAAGAAGGCAGAGAAGGGAGGUGCCCAACAGGCUGCUGGGAGGCGUUCCAGAGAUGAGGAGGGCCUAGUCUCUGAUGUGCUGGGAAAGAAGAGAGCGCUGGAGGAAGCUCACCGGAGCGUGAUGGGGACAGGGCCGAGGCUUCCUCCCUUUGACCCGCAGGCGCCGCCGAAGCUCCCCUUUGGUAUGGAUGAUGUUUACGCCGAGGGGGUCAACUUAGAGAAAAAAGGGGUUUGCCUUCAGCAGGGAAAGGGUCUGGGCCUUCAAUAA